AAUCUUGCGUCACAUUUGUGCCUUUGUUGUGUGCAAUGUUGUAAUUAAAAUCAAUCAGAAAAAAAAUAAUUGGGUGAUGAUCGAAUCGAACCAAUGGAUCAAUGAUGAUUUGUGAUAUUGCAUAAAUAUUGCGGGAUGAAAUUUGGACUUUUUUUUUUUUGUUGUUGAUCAUGAGCUUUGGUUUUUUUUUCUCUACUGGCUUAAAUCAAAAAAAAUUUAUUCGACUAUAUAAAUACAUGGCAAACAUUCGAAACGAGAACUAUCCAUCCAUCGCAUAAUUUUGCAUCAUCGAAACAAAAAACAAACAAACUAUGUAUCCAUCAAAUCAAACUAGCGUCAUUACUAAAAAUGUUCAGAUUCAACAACAACAACAACAACAGCAGCAGCAGCAGCAACAACAACAACAACAGCUUAAACAUUCCGUACAAACAAUGGUCAUGAUGACCAAUGAUGAUGAAUUAUCGAAUCAUCGUUUUACUGAUUGUAGCCAUUAUGAUGAUGAUGAUGAUUAUGAUCAACAACGAUUAUCCUAUUCACCAAGUAAUUCGUAUUCAUCAUCAUCACCGACAUCAUCACAAAUUAGUGAUUAUUAUCAUCAUCAUCAUCAUCAUUCUUCUACGUCACCAUCAUUGGAAUCACAUUCUUCGAUGACAAAAUUUGAAUCAUCGUCGUCGCCGACCAAUUUGAUUGCUUGUGAUCAUUAUAGUAAAAGAAAACGACAACCAAUACCAGUUCCAAGCGAAAAUAAAGAUGAUGCCUAUUGGGAACGUCGUCGACGAAAUAAUGAAUCGGCAAAAAGAUCACGUGAAAGUCGUCGCCGUAAAGAGAUGCAAACAACAAUAGGUAUUAUGGUUCUGGAACAAGAAAACGUUAAAUUAAGAGCUGAAGUAAAUUUAUUACGUGAAGAAUUGAAUCGUUUACGGCAAAAUGAACUGUUACAGUAUUUAAUGAUGAAUAAUAAUAAUAAAACAACAACAACAGCAGCAGCAGCACAAUCACCAGAUUUGAUAAAAAUAAAUCAUCAGAAUCGAUUAUAG